AUGACACAGUUUGCUAGUGGGGCUGUCGGCAAGAAUUUACAGGAGGGGCUUGGGACCCUUGCGACAAAGGCUCAAGGCAUACUUGGUCAGGGUUUGCCUAAAAAUGCUCCACCAGGCUCCACGCCAGAACUUGCGCGAUCAAGGGACCCAAUGUCCGCCGGUGGAGUCACAAGUGGCUUUGCUUUGCCGGUGGAAUCACAACUACAGCUGCAGGAGCCGUACAGUGCAGAUGAGGAGGGCGCAGUCCUGCGUCAGCAAGUGGUCCAGUUACAGGUAAAGAACGGGAUGCUUCAGGCGGAGCUGGAGGAGGCGCGAGGCUUUGCAGAGGAGGCUGCCCGGCUGCGGGGGCUGGUGAGCGACAUGGAGGUUAAGCUGCUAUUUGCGCUCAAGGGCACCGACGGCAUGCAGCCCUUGUUGCCCAAGGUGAUUCAGGAGCAGCAGAAGAGGAUCGACGAGCUCACUUCUGCACUGGCGGAACGUAACGGACAGACAGCAGGGCUGCGAGCAGACAACGCGCGCCUCAGGUGUCAGGUGGAGGACCUCAUGUCGAAAAUGGCCUCAUCAGCACGCCAUGCAGAGGCGACGCACAAUGAGCAGCUGAGGGAGCUGCACGGCCAGCUUAUGGCCGCGCAGGAGCAGGUGCGGCAGCUGCGCGCGGCAGCGAUGGAACGCCGCAGCGAUGGCGGCGGCAGGAGCGGCGAUGAGGCGGCGGCGCUGCGCGAACAGCUGGCCCACGCUCGCAAUGUGAUCAAGGAGCUAGAGGAGGAGGCAGAGGAGCUGCGGGCUGCGUGUGACAAGGCGCGCACGGCCCACGGUGGCGGGAGCGGCGGCGGCGGCAACAGCAGCGCGGAGGCCCUUGAGUGGCGCAUCGCGGAGCUUGAGGAGCAAUUGGAGGAGGCGAAUGACAAGCUGCAGGAGGCGGAGCGCAAGCUUGGGUCGCGCUCUUCCGGCGCAACCGCUUCGGGCUCGCCUGACAUGGCAGCUCUCGAAGCGGAGGUCCAAAAGCUGCGCGGCGAGUUGGAGAGCGAGCGGCGUAAAGUUGCGGACGUGGCGGCCGCCGCCGCAGCUGAGGCGGUGCUGGAGGGAGAGGCGGCGCUGCAGCGGCUGCAGAAACGCUUGGCAGAGGUGGAGAAGGGCGAGCAGUUGCAGGCGGCCGCGCGUAAUGCCGUGGAAAGGCACGCUGGGGAACUUGAGGCGCAGCUGGAGGCGCUGCGGACAGAGCACCAGCGGGCGAUGGAAGCGGCCGCCACAGAAUCAACGGGCGCAAAAGCCGCUAUUAAAGCAGAGGAGGCCGCUGUUGCAGAGUUGCAGUCACAGCUGGACGCUGCCACAGUUCGCAUCGGCGCAUUGGAGCGUGACUUUGCUGCCGCAAACGAGCAGUGUGCUGCUCUGCAGCAGCAGCUGUCGGCUGCAGUGGCCAGGGCUGCUUCGUCUGAGGCCUCGGCAGAGCAGUUGCGCGCAAAAGAGGCGGCAACGCGGAUGGAGGCGGCUGAGGCGCACAGCCGAGCCGAUGCGACGGCGGCGCAGCUCAACGAGCUGCAGCGCGCCGUAGCGGUGGCGGAGCAGCGUGCUGGCGAGCUGGCGACGGAGCUGGUCGUCACCCAGAGGAAACUGGAGACCGCUACCGAGCGCAUUGUGCUUUACACAGAGCGGGAGCACGAAGCCGAGCAGAUUGUGGCUACCUAUUCCGCGGCAGAGGCGAGGUAUGCAGACGCGCAGGAGGAGCUUGCGCAGCUCCGGGACCGGAAUGAGAAGCUGCGGGAAGCGCUGGCUCUGGCUGAGGUGGAAGCGGCUGCUGCCAGGGACGAGGCGGAGCAGCGCCAAGAGCAGGCUCAACUUGCAAAUGAGAAGGUGGCCCAGCUGCGUGCGCAUCUGGACAAGUUGAGGGAGCGUAAGGCCGGGCUCGAAACGCAAGUGCAGGAGUUGCAAGACAAGCUCGCUGCAUCCCAGUUGGAGGUAGAGGCAGCCAAGAGUAGUCUCGCGGCUCAGGACCCGCCGAGCAGACAAGCAGGGGUAACGGCGGUAGCGGCACUGAUUGGGGCGGAGGUAGGUGUGGUUUCGGAGCUGCCGAGGGGCAACAGCGUCACGGCGGCGUCGAGCCAGACAAUCGAGUUGCCGGCCGCCAGCGUGUCGACUGACACUGCUGGGCUGCCGCGAGCGGAGAUGCCGACCGCUUCCACAGACACGGAGGGGCUGCCCCGGUUGCUCAUGCCGACCGCUUCCACAGACACGGAGGGGCUGCCCCGGCUGCUCAUGCCGACCGCUUCCACAGACACGGAGGGGCUGCCCCGGUUGCUCAUGCCGACCGCUUCCACCGAUACCACCGGGUUGCCACGACCGGACAUGCCCAGCGCGGCCACGGAUACGAUAGGACUGCCUCGGGCCCUCAUGCCCACGGCUUCCACGGACACAGAGGACCUGCCAUCGCAACCACGGCCUGUAGCCGAAUAUGUCGUUGGUGCGAAGGCGGAGGCGGAGACAGCCGGAGCUGCAACGGAGACUGAGCCGAGCCUCGAUGUGGGAGCAGAGCCUGAGGGAAUGGAGGCAGAGGAGCAGAUGCUACGGCAGAAGUGGCUGGUUUCGGAGCUUACCGCGCAGUUGGAGGCUAUGCAGUUGUCCGCGGCAGCGCUCGUGGAGCAGCUGAAGGAGCGGGAGGCAGAGGUUGCGCUGCUGCGGGCCGCCACGACCGCGCCUGGAGCUGCUCAUGCCAGCCAGGUGGGUGCUAUCGAGGUGGGGGAUGGUGCGGUCGUGGAGGCAUCCCUGGCCCAAGGCGCCAACGCCGAGGCCGAGACGGUGGCAGAAGCGGCGGCGGAGGUGGCAAAGCCUGCGGAAGCAGCUGCUGUGCCAGGUCGCGGUUGGGAUCAAGAGGAGUGGGACGCUUGGGACGGCGAUGAGCAGUCGCCGCAGCCAGGGCCAGCACCCGCCAGCAGCACGAAUGCGACGGCGGCGACUGCUGCUGUUGGUGCGAGUCUUGCGGCGGAUGGUAUAGCUGAGGCCGGCGGCAGCGGCGCAGCAGCGCCAGCUGCGGACGGAACAUUGGACGCAGCGGAGGCGCGCGUCGCGGUGUACGCGUCGGAGUUGGCACUGCUGCAGGAUACGAUUAAGCAGCUUCUGAGCUGCUGGAGCGGCUCGGCGGCUGCGCCGAUGGCCAACGGCUACACGCCUGGUCAUGACCAUGGCCACAGCAACGGUGACAGAAGCAGCCCUGGCAUCCAUGACGUGGGCAGCUCUCAGGAAACGGCCGUGCUGGGCAGUACGGUGGUGGCGCUGCUAGGGCAGCUGCAGGCUCACUUCGAAGAGGCGGCCUUUCUGCGGCAUCAACUGGUCGAAGCGGCGGAGGAGCUGGAGCGGCUGCAGGCCAGGGUUUCUGCUGCCGAAGCGCAUGGUGGCAACGAGGAUGGCGACGUGGCGCAGCGCUUGGAGGAGCUGGAGGGCGAGAUGGCGCACAUGAUGCAGGACAUGGCCGCCGCAGAGCAGCGCGCUCAGGCCGCUGAGGCUGCAGCUGCCGCUGCUGCUUCCUUGCGCCAGCAGCUUGAGCACCAGCUCCAGCGCUCUGACGAAGCCGCCGCCUCGGCUGAUGCCAAUUUACGGCAGCUCGGCAUUGAGCUAGAUGCCGCCCUGUCGGAAGCAAAGUUGGCAGGGGAACGCGCGGCGGAAGCUGCUACCGAGCUGGCGUCGUGCCGCGCGGAGCUGGCGGAGAUGCGCGCGGCGCUAGAGGCUGCCGAGGGGACGGGUGCCGCGAAGCUGGCUGUGGUGGAGAAAGCGUUAGCAGAAUCCCGGGCGGCUUCGGAGGCGGCGGAGACGCGGGCCGCCGACGCCCUUGCGGCAGCGUCCGCAGCGGAAGCUCGCCUGAAUGAACAGGAGGCGCGACUGGUAUUGGCGGAGCAGGCGCUGGCGUCAGCGACGGCCGCCGUCGAGGUAAACGCCACUGAAGCAGCAGCGCCUCCGCCUCCGCCAGGCGCAGCCUCGUCACCCAUCUCGCCUGAGCAUCUAGGCCUUAUGCGACAGAUAGCCGCAGCCGCGCAGACCUUUGCGCCGCUGUUCCAUGCGGUCAAGGCUUCGUGUGGCAGCGUGGACGAGCUAUCGCAGCGGGUUUCGGAGCUGGAGGCCCUGGCGACCAAGCUCAUGGACAUCGUGGCGGCUGGCGGCGCGCCCGCGGCGCCGCCCUCCUAUGAGCAGUCCUUCAAAUCCAGAAACAUAGGGCCGGCAGCAGCGAUGCUCUUGGCUGCUGAGGCCGUAGCGGCAGCGGUAGAGGAGACGUCCGCUGCCGCUGACAGACCUGCCGGUGGCGCCAGCCCUAGCGGCAACCCGCCGCCGGACUUGCCAAAAAUCUUGACCAGGAACCUGAGCGCCAGUCGGCGCGUCAGCGAUGAUGCCAGCUUGCGGCUGCGGCUGGAGAUGGCGGAGGCUGCGGUCCGCUCGGCUGAGUCGGAGCUGCGCAUACAGACCAAUCUGGCUGAGUCACUUCGGGCGGAGCUGCAGGAGCUGCAGGCCGCCUUGGAGGCGCGGCGUGCGGCCACAGUGUCCAAGACGUUUUUCGGUCGUCAGCUCAUCAUUACCGCGGGCGUGGCACAGGACCCUUGUUGGUUGUAUUUCAUCGCGUGCAACUGUCGCUCAAGCGAUCAUGUGCCCCCAUACGGUCACACGCUAAACUGGACAUCGCGGUGCAGAAGCGUGGAGACCGUCGCGGCUAUGGAGGCAUCAUACAAGGAGCAAAUCAUGCAGCUUCAGGGUUACCUCAACAGGGCGGCGGACAAGCAGGCGCGCCAGAUCGCGGCCUUUGAGGAGGAGCACUCGCAGGCGCUAGCCGUGGAGCAAGCGCAGAGGGCGGCGGCGGUUGCGGCGGCUGCAAAGGCAGCGGAGGAGCGUGCCGCGGGGCUCGAGUUACAGCUGGAGGCGGUGCAGCUCGCGAGGGUGGCGGCGGAGGGGCGUGUGGCAGCUGCAGAGGUGGCAGCGGAGGAGGCCAAGCGGCUGGCGCAGGACAUCGAGCGGGGAUGGGGAGAGCGGCUUGAGAGGUUGCAGAAGAUCAACAAGAAGCGGGCGGCGGAAUUGGACGAAGCACGAGCCGAGAGCAGCGGCCUCAGUGAGCGCCUGGCUGCUUUGACCGAGCAGGUGACUUCAUUGCAGGCGGAGCUUCUCGAGGCACAGAGGCAGCUGGAGUCGGAGCGUGCAUCUGGGGGGGAGCUGCGUGCGCGGUUGGCCUCUCUGCAGGAGGCGGGUGACAGCACAGGGCUCGAGGUUUCGGAGCUUCGGUCGCGUGCCGAGGCGGCGGACGCCCAGGUGGCUGACCUGGAGCAGCGAGUGACCACCGCGGAGGCCAGGCUGCUGGCCAGCGAGGCCGACCGGUCAAAACUGGCCGAUCAGCUGGUACUGUUGCACUCGCUGCGGGAGGAGCGCGCAGCGGCGCUGGCGGCGCUGGCGGAGGCGCGGGAUGGGCAGGCGGGCUUUGAAGCGUUGCGAGUGCGGUGCGAGGCGGCGGAGGCCGCCCGGGACCGCACGGCGCAGGAGCUGAGUCGUGUGACAGCGAUGAUGGGCAACUUGGAGGCGCGCCUGCAGCAGGUGGAGGAUGAGAACGAGGGACUGGUAGCGGAGCUGGAUGAGGAGCGGCGCCGAGGGGCCGCACUGGCCCGGACCUGGGCUGGGGAGCUAGAGGCGCUGCCGACGCUGCCGCGAGACCGCUGGCCUGCGGCGGUUCGGCGACUGGUUGACGGACUGGAGAGCCGCGCAGGGCAGGCGGUGGAAACCUCUAGUCGGGUUUCCGACCCCUCUGGCCACAGCCAUGCCGAUGACUCAGCGGCGGCUGAGCUAGAGGCGCUGCGCGAGGCGGCCAAGGCGGCCGCGGAGCGUACGGCGCGAGUGGAGGCGCAGGCAGCGGCCGCCAAUGCGGCCUUGGAUGCGUUGCGGCGGCAAAUGGACGAGGCGCGGGCGCGGGCGGAUGCGGAGGCACGCAUGGAAGGGGCACGCAGGCUGGGGGAGCUGGAGGAAAUCCAAGGGCUCCGUGACAAGAGCCGGACGCUGCUAGAGGAGAAGGAGCUGGAGGCGGAUGCGCUGCGAGCGCAGCUACGCCAGGCGCGCACGGCAGCUGCAGGACUGGGCGCAGGGAGCUCAUCCACCUCGCUGCUGUAUAAAGCCGGCGCUGGCAGCAAUGUGUCCCUGACCACAGUCGCACCGGCGCCAGCCGGGCCUGGUGACGGCGAGGCCCAUCUCCAGCAUCAGCGGCCGCUGUCUGGGUCAGCCUCCAAUUUGUUGCAGCCCCAGCUGAGCACGUCGUCGUCGGGAAUUGUUGCGAACAGUGCUCUCCAGUUGCAGGGCGCGACCGAUCCGGCGGUGCUGGCGCUGCGCUCCCAGAUUGCGGCCCUGCAGCACGAGCUGGAGGAAUACAAGUGGGUGUAUGGGGGCGAGGGUGCGGCGUAUAAGGGGCCAUGCAUGCUCUGCGCCAGCCAUCGGCGCCAGCGUUGGCCCUUCGUUUUAAACAUACCAGAGCACCUCUCCCGCCUGGAGAGUUCCCACGCCUAUUUGGAUGCGGUGGACAAGGCUGCAAUUGACGUAAUUGCUUCCAUCCUUGCAUGCCAUAUUCUGCUGCCGGCCUGGUGUUUCAGGCACGCCUACGAGGACGCCGAAUCGACCCACCAGCUGCGUGACACGGCGCAGGCGGCUCUGCGGGAGGAGCUGGCGCGACUGCAGGCGCAGAUGCAAGUCAGCAACCAGGACGUUCAGUACCUCCGGGCGGCCAUCAUUAGCUUCUUCGAGAGCGGUUCACUGCCCCGGGAGGGGCCCGUUCUACAAGUGCUGUCCAGGCUACUGCGCUUCACACCCACUGAGAUGGCGGGCAUUGCCGCGGCUGACCACGCGCAUCGCAGCGGCAGGCGCGGCACAGGCGUCAGCGGGGCGGCGCCAGCAACCCAUGGGCCGGGGCAGCACGCGGCGGCCGGGGCAGGCGGCGGCGGCCUUGGGCUGCUGGCCUCAGUCACAUCAAAGGUUGCAUCAGCUGUUAGCGGCCGUACACAAUCGCAAUCGGGAAUUGGCGGGCCUGCGUUACCGAGCUUGAUGCCGCAGCUUUCCUUUGGGCAUCGCUAG